AGUUACGACACAUUGUGACAUUUGCAGCCUUUUGGUGGGAAAAUGAGUGCGAACUCUCGCACAUUUUAUUUAAAAUCCAAGUGGUUGGAAUGUAAAUUGCGAUAUUUACUGUAGAGAUACAAGUAAGGCGUAAAUGUUAAGCAUUAAACAGCAUGGGAGAUUAUCGAGCUGCAGCCUUUUGCGUUUGAUAAAUGCUCCGGGAAAGUUGACUGCCUUUUGUUUACUAGCAUGCUAUCCGGUUAGUCAAGAGUUGUUCCAACGCUGACCAGCGACAGUGUGGGUUUACUUUAGUGCCUCUGAAAGCAAUCUGGGUGCGCUUUUAUGGUUAGAUAGCCGGAUACGGUAGUACGUUGUGGCUUUAAAAACGCGCUGCUGGGGGAUUUUAGCGGGUAAAUAGUUGUAUUUUGAAGCUGUCGAGAAUCAACAACACAAACAUGCCAGAAAUCAAAUUAAAGCACGUCGUCUCCUGCUCCACCGAGGACAGUACUCAUAAAGCAGACAACCUGCUGAGCUCAGACACGUACAGAAAGUGGAAAGCCGCAAGACCCGGAGAGAAGCAGACAUCGGUCAUUCUGCAGUUUGAGAAGGAGGAGCAGGUCCACAGUAUUGAUAUUGGAAACGAAGGAUCCGCUUUCAUCGAGGUGUUGGUCGGGAAUUCUUCCGCUGUCAAAGACCAGGACUAUGAGGUUCUUCUCGUCACGUCUUCCUUCAUGUCCCCCACUGAGAGCCGUAACGGCACCAACACGAACCGGGUUCGUUUCUUUGGACCCAACCAGCUGCAAAAAAGCACCUCUCAGGAGAAGUGGGACAGAGUGAAAAUCGUUUGUACCCAGCCGUACAGCAAGAACAUUGCAUAUGGCCUUACUUUCGUCAAGUUCCACUCACCACCUGAUAAAAAUGAUCCUCCAACUUCCUCUCCUAAACUGACAAAGCUUGGACAGUUCAGGGUGAAAGAUGAGUCUCCUUCGUCCGGGCCCAGCCUUCAGCCCGGCAGUCUCUUCUUCAGUCGAGACAGCGCAACAAAGCCAAGCACUUCACUCAAAGCCUCUCCACCAAGUGACAAGCUGAGCUACGCUGCCGCUGCGCUGCAAGCAGGAGGCAGCUCUCAAUCAUCAGGUCAAGCUUCCACCUCCAUCUCUGCCUCUCCACAGCCACCAGCCAAAAGGAAGUUUGAGUUUAGCAAAGAGCGACAGUCCGCCUCUGGACCUCCUCCGGCAAAGAAAAUGAGCCCGGCUGGCUCGCCUGAGACCAAAGCGACGACGCCUAAAUACAAACAGAGUCCGGUCGGCACGCCAAGCCCAGCCACUGCCAAGGCGUCAUCAGCACAGAAAUCCUCUGAGAAGAAGAAAAAGGAGAGCCAGCCCAAACCGGAACCUAAACCCAAACCCAAACCGAAGACAAAAUCCAAGAGCGAACAGCAAGUCCCCUUUAACCGGAUCCUGGAGGGGGUGGUUUUCGUCCUGAGCGGCUUCCAGAACCCCUUUAGAGGGGAGCUGAGAGAAAAGGCGCUUGAGAUGGGAGCCAAGUAUCGAACCGACUGGACACCUGACUCCACACAUCUUAUCUGUGCCUUCGCCAACACCCCCAAGUACAGCCAGGUGAAAUCAGCAGGCGGCAUCAUUGUUCGGAAAGAAUGGGUGAUGGACUGCCAUAAGAGGAAAGAGAAGAUCUCAUACAAACGCUACUUGAUGGAUGGAGCAGAGUCCAGCUCGGAGAGUGAAAUGGAGGUCGACGACCAGAGUGAGGAGGAGGAAAUUGAAACAAAGACUCCGCAAAAGCAGAACAGACAAGUCACCCCGAAAAAGACGCCAUUGAAAAAGGAUGAAGAUGAUGAAUACGGGGGUUCAACCGAUGUGGAUGAACCAGGGGCAGAUGGAAGUGAUGAUGAAUCUGGAGUGGAUACGGAAGAUGAGCUGCAGAGGGUGGAGAGCAGGCAGAAGAAAGCGGCGGCGGAAGAAUCAUCAGUAAAAGAGGAGGACCCGUAUGGGGGGUCGACGGAUGAAAACACGGACGCUGAAGCGGAAGAGGAUCAUCCCAUCCCUGAGCUGCCAGAUUUCCUCAAUGGAAAGCACUUUUUCCUUUAUGGAAAAUUCCCGAACAACGAGAGGCGACUUCUUCUACGGUACAUCGUUGCCUUUAACGGGGUGAUCGAGGAAUACAUGUCGGAUAAAGUGCAGUUCGUAGUGACCAGUGAAGGAUGGCACGAGUCCUUUGAAGAUGCGCUGAUGGAGAAUUGCAACCUGAACUUUGUGAAGCCCGCAUGGAUUUAUGCGAUCAAUGAGCGCCAGAAAAUGUUGCCCUAUCAACCUUACACCGUGGUGCCCUGAAAGCUACACUGUAUGCACACACCGAGGACUCAAGGCACACUCACUUCAACUCCUAGUGAACCUGCAGACGGGAAAAAGCCAUGGUUCUUCGUUUCCGAUUAGCCACUUCAAAGAAGCAAUAAAUCAUUAAUUUUUCAUUUAUGUUUUUUUUUUUUUACAUUGACUUGUGUGAUGGUAAUGAAACAACUUUAGAUGUUUUCUCCACAGAGCUGGGGAUAAAAUGCUUGUUAAAUUGUGUCCACCGAGUUUAAUGAUAGGAUUAGUUAUAGAUUUAUUUUAAUAGCCCUCCCUUCUAAGAGUUGUUAGUCAGAGCCAUGCGAGAAAGAAUCAUCCUUCAUGAGCAGCUCCUCACACGGACAUUGUGGAAAGAAGCGAAGCUCCUUGUUCGGGGCUUGUUGGAGUUCCUCGACUCAAGCGCAGCAGUUGUCUGCGGUUGCUGCUGCUCCCCUCUACAACCUCAGGCUACAGGACAGGAAUGAGUAAUGACGCUGUCCUGCCUGCCAGUGGCACUGAUAAGAGACUCACUGUUGCAGACAGUUAGACUUUAUGAGAUCAACUCAAAGUCAAGUGAAAGGUUGAGGUUACUUAAUGCUUCAGUCAAGAAUUGGACAAAGUUACAUCAGGAAUACAUGAAUUUGACUAUUGAAAUCUAUGACUGGGGGCAGGGGAGGGGGGGGGAUUUUCUUUUUGUGUUUGGAAAAGAUGUGCUUAAAAGACAGCCGAUCCAGAUUUUACUUCAUCGUUGAUGUUUUAAGAACGGCUGCUUAAUUUAUGCGUGUUUUUUUUAUGGCAUUUUGUCUGUCUUUGGUUCUCAUCUGUUUAUAGCAGCUUGUUUAAUUCCCUGGCUUAAGCUAUUUUCUUGUUGCUGUAAUAAACAAUUUUGUUACAAUAAAAACAAAGUGCUUUUAAUUAAAAAUA